AUGUCUACAUUGAGUCAACUAGAGAAGGUUGCAAACCGGGCCGCAGCUCUCGCCACCUACAGACAUCUCCUUCGCGCCACAAAAAUCGCAUUCGCAGAGGAUGUUCCCGUUCUUCGAGCAUCUCGUGCCCAUGCGCGUACUGAAUUCCGCAAGGGGAAAUCAUUAGCUACGGGCUCCACCGAAGCAGCACAAGGUAUCGAGCAUGCCCAGGGCGUCACGCAAAUCUUGAGGGAAAACUUGGUGCAGGGGAAGAACGUGGGUGGAGACAAGUGGAAGCUGAAUAUUCAUGAACAUACGMAAAGACUGGACAACGAUACWGCUGGGAAUCUGAAAGGGACGAGAAAGAGCUUCAAGGAGAUUAAGGAUUCAAUUUUCUGA